AUGGCACCCAACAAACUAGCAAUCGCCAGCAUCUCCCUAAGCCAAUACCCAGGCCACACCCUCGACCACAAAAUCCGCGCCGCAGCCCAAGCCGGCAUCGCAGGAAUCGAAAUAGUCUACAACGACCUCCUCACCUACAGCAAAACCCAAAACAUCCCCAUCCACACAGCAGCCCAAAAAAUCCACACUCUCUGCCAGAAAACAAACAUCGAAGUCCUCUCCCUAGCCCCCUUCGAAAACUACGAAGGCUCAACAACCCCUCUAAAAGAAAGACUCGCCCUCGCCCAGCACUGGCUUGAAAUCGCCCGUCUGUUACAAGCACCAUACCUGCAAGUCCCCUCAAUCUUCACGGCAGACUGCAGCCGCGAUGAAAAAACAAUCAUAUCCGACCUCCAGCAGCUAUCCGACCUAGCCAGCUCCAUAAAACCAAUAGUAUCAAUCGCCUACGAGCCCUUGUCAUGGGGAACGAACUGCUCAACCUGGGAAAGUGCCCUGUCGAUCGUACAGCGGGUGAACCGUCCGAAUUUCGGACUGUGUCUGGAUACAUUCCAUGAAGGGACGCGUUUGUGGGGGGAUAAUGCUUCUCCGACGGGGAUGCAGAUGGACGCGGAGCGGAAGCUGCGGGAUUCGCUGAGGAGGUUUGUGCGGGAUUGUCCGCGGGAGAAGAUUUUCUAUGUGCAGCUUUCUGAUGCGGAGCGGUUCCAGCCGCCUUAUUCGUUGGCGCAUCCGUGGGCAUUGCCUGGUGAGGCGAAGGAGUUUACUUGGUCGAAGCAUGCGAGGCCUUUUCCGUUGGAGGUUGAGUUUGGGGCGUAUUUGCCUGUUGUUGAGAUUGCGAGGGCGUGGAUUGUUGAGGUUGGAUUUGAGGGGUGGGUUUCUAUGGAGGUUUUUGAUCGGAAUAUGAGGGAUGGGAGGGUUAGUCCGGAGACGGCGGCUAGGAGGGGGGUUGAGUCUUGGAGGAAGGUUCAGAUUGAGAUGGAGAGUAAGUCGAGGCUUUAG